CGCCCCGCGGAGCCGCGCGCAGACCCGUCGGCCGUCGGGGGCGCGGCGGGCCGCUGGAGCCCACACCUGUCGGGCCUCGGAGGCCGGGAGCCGGUGUUGCGCCGCAGUCCACGGCACGGGAGGCAGGGAGGGAGAGGAGAGCGGGUGGAGGCGAGGCCCGUGCUCCGGAGGACGCCGCACCCGGCCGGAGGCCCUGGACGCUGCUCUCCAAGCUCUACCGCACCAUGGCCCCGAAACUGCUGCUCUUCCUCUGCCUGUUCUCGGGCUUGCAAGCGCGGUCCAGAAAGGUGGAAGAGGAUGAAUAUGAAGAUUCAUCAUCAAACCAAAAGUGGGUUUUGGCUCCAAAAUCCCAAGACACUGAUGUGACUCUUAUUCUCAACAAAUUACUAAGAGAGUAUGAUAAAAAGCUGAGGCCGGAUAUUGGAAUAAAACCGACCGUAAUUGACGUUGACAUCUAUGUUAACAGCAUUGGUCCCGUGUCAUCAAUAAACAUGGAAUACCAAAUUGACAUAUUUUUUGCUCAGACUUGGACAGACAGCCGCCUUCGAUUCAACAGUACAAUGAAAAUACUCACUCUGAACAGCAACAUGGUGGGAUUAAUAUGGAUUCCAGAUACAAUCUUCCGCAAUUCUAAAACUGCAGAGGCUCACUGGAUCACCACCCCCAAUCAGCUCCUCAGAAUUUGGAAUGACGGGAAAAUCCUUUACACUUUAAGGCUCACUAUAAAUGCAGAAUGCCAGCUGCAGCUGCACAACUUCCCCAUGGAUGAACACUCCUGCCCGCUGAUUUUCUCCAGCUAUGGCUACCCCAAAGAAGAAAUGAUUUACAGAUGGAGAAAAAAUUCAGUUGAGGCAGCUGAUCAGAAAUCCUGGAGGCUUUAUCAGUUUGACUUUAUGGGCCUUAGAAACACAACAGAAAUCGUAACAACAUCUGCAGGUGAUUAUGUUGUCAUGACCAUAUAUUUUGAAUUGAGUAGAAGAAUGGGAUACUUCACUAUUCAAACAUACAUUCCCUGUAUACUGACUGUGGUUUUAUCCUGGGUGUCAUUUUGGAUCAAAAAAGAUGCUACACCAGCAAGAACAGCAUUAGGCAUCACCACAGUGCUGACCAUGACUACGCUCAGCACCAUUGCCAGGAAUUCCUUGCCCCGUGUGUCCUAUGUGACUGCCAUGGACCUCUUUGUGACCGUUUGCUUCUUAUUUGUCUUUGCUGCUCUGAUGGAGUAUGCCACCCUCAACUACUAUUCAAGUUGUAGAAAACCAACUACCAAGAAGAAAACAUCGUUAUUACAUCCAGAUUCCUCAAGAUGGAUUCAUGAACGAAUAAGUCUACAAGCCCCCUCCGUAUGUAUAGCAUUGAAGAACUAUUCUCUCCUCGACAUGAGGCCACCACCACCUGCAAUGAUCACUUUAAACAAUUCUGUGUACUGGCAGGAAUUUGAAGAUACCUGUGUCUAUGAGUGUCUGGAUGGCAAAGACUGUCAGAGCUUCUUCUGCUGCUAUGAAGAAUGCAAAUCAGGAUCUUGGAGAAAAGGGCGUAUUCACAUAGAUAUCUUGGAGCUGGACUCAUAUUCCCGAGUCUUUUUCCCUACAUCGUUCCUGCUCUUCAACUUGGUCUAUUGGGUUGGAUACCUGUAUCUCUAAAUGUUGCUGUGGUGAUGAGUGAAGAGCACUAGGUCUCCUUCUUUAUCUUUCACCCUCCCCAGACCAGUAGUAACCAACUGGAGUAGGAAGGAAGGACACUGCUCAGUUUAUUUAAGUUAUACAUCACCUUUGAGCAGUACAGGAGUAUGUGGCAAAUAUUUCUAUUAUGUAUUUCACACUCAUACACAUGCGUGAGCACACACACACACACAUUAAUUGAGUUUUAAAGUGAUAUUCUUGCUAAUCCCUUAUUGAAUCUGUAGCUUUCUGAUGUUUAUGAAUGGUUUUUGGAUAUUGGAAGCAGUUGACAAUUAUCAUUGCCAACAAAUCUGUAAGACAUGCAAGCAAAUAUCCGAGAAGUUCUCUUGGGCCAAGACUCCUAUAAUUUUCUGUCACAGCCAUUGGAGGUACCAGUGCCCACGUUUGUGAAGUCGCUGCUUGCUGGGACACACUCAUGCUGACCUCAGCCCCACGUUCCCGGGGAGUCUGAGUUCAAGUGUGAACUGCAGUGAGUUUUGACCCAGUUUCCUCUCCCCAUGGUCUCUUUUACUCUGGCACCAUCAUUGUUACCUAGCCUUCCUUUAUCAAAUAAUCUCACCCUGGGCUUGGGAAGCGUGUAUAUGCAUCAUCCACAAAUUUCCAGUUGAGGAAAAAAACAUGAUUUUCAAAAUUCUUAUGUUGCUGAAGUCAAUGAUGUUGAUUGUCUCUGAACAUCAGUUACUACUUUACUCCAAACUACCGAGAGUCAGCAGUAUUUUUAACUCUGGGUUCUGGGACUAGUUCAGCCGAAGUUCAACACUUAACCUUAGUUGUGUUUUACUAGACCAAAACACAACCCCAGAGUAUGUGUCCUGCUUAUGUUAUGCUAUUACAGGUUCAGUGAUUAUCUUCAUCUUGCAAAGACAGAUAUAUAGCAUUCACAAGACUUUGUCUCAAAAUGUUUUCCAGAGUUGAAAGAAAUGUAGAUAGAAUUUAAAAUUUCUUAGGGAAUAUUAACUUUCAAGUCAAAUCAACCUUAGAUGCAAAAACUAGGGCAAUGGCUAUCAUCAAUGAUAUAUUUUGAUGAACAAAAAUUAUUUUAUACUUUGAAGUAUGAAUAUGUAGCAAAAUCCCAAAGAAAAAAAUCCCCUGAAAUUAUUACUCUUUUGAUAUUUUUAUAACACAAAACUAACUUGCUUCUUGAUGUUAGUUCUUUGUUAUAACUGGAUGCCAGUAUGUACUUCACAAGACUCUUCAGAAGCUUCCCACCAUUGAUAGGACAAAAAAAGUCCUACCAGUUCAUUAAUAAUGCUUUGGCAUUAUUAAAAUUUUGGUACUAAAAUUUUGGUACCGGUAUCUCUGUGCUUCUCAUUUUCCUCACCCGGAAAACUGAAUUAAUUUUAUUGGAAACCAUAGAAUUUUAUUUUAAUUGUCUAUUGUAAGUACUAUUAUUACUCAGAAAAAAGGUAAAAUAAUAUACACAGAGAAUAUAUAAAAGUACUGAUUUCACACAAUUUACUGAAUGCAGACCAUACAGAAGGGAAUGGGAGUGGAAGAGGCUAGAAAAGUAAAAUUAGAUGAAUCUGUUUAUUUUUAUGAACAUCAUUCAUAUCAAGUGAAUGCAAAUAUAUUGGGAUACUAUCACCCAGUUUUCAAGGACUGAGUCUAUAUACAGUGUGAGAUAGUCCAGCCCAUUGUUUUUCUUCCUGUCAACUCCCUGCCUUUUGAUUUGAUAUUUGCUACAUAGGCCACAAGCCAAUUGGGUUCUACCUAGCAAAUUCAGCUUAAAACAUAAAAUAACAAUAAAUAUUUGUGGAGAAACAGGUUGAACCUAUUGGCUUAAUAAAAUUUCUACUCUAUUGGAGAAUUUCAUCUACUAGCAUCCUUGUUCUGUCUCUUAUGCAUAAACCACCCUCCCAUACCUGGCCGUUGGUUGGAGUCACCGUGACCAAAGGAAUUGUUUCAUGUCCCACCAAAUCACUGAGUACUCAUGGAAGGUGGCCCGAGGUCAGUCUUCUUCAAACAUAAUUUUCAACUUUAUGAAUUUAUAUAAUAUCUAAAUAUGAAGAAUUUCAACCUGUUAUGUCUUUGAAAAAGUUCUGGAGGGAAAUGAAUAUUCUAGUGAAAUUCUUCUUGGAAGGAAAAUAACCUAAGAACAAUUUUAUAACAUAAGUUUGGUUCAAUUUUACCUUAAAAAUUUUAUUGACGCUUCUUGUUUUAAAGCCACUCAAUAUUUGGGUGUCAUUGGCAACUCUUAUGAAAUUAUAUAUAUAUAGGAUGUACAUACCAAUAAUCUGUCUUCUGAAUCCAACCAUUCUCUUCUCCCUGACCUCAGUCAUCCUGCUGAUCGAAACACACUAGUUUAUCAUACAUUUUACAUGAAGGGAAGACUUCAUCUCAAGGGACUCUAAUAGAUGUUCACUCACGACAUGUAAAAUACAUUCCUGCACAUACAGCAAUCUACCCACAAUGGGUUCUGACUAAAAAGAACACAAACUUCCCCUCAGAACACAUUAAUGUCAGUUUCUCUGCAGGCUUGCCUGUUCAAGUUCUCUUUAUCAAUUUCAACUCCUGAGAUGAGCCUUCAGUCCACAAUACAGGAGAGUGGCAUGUACCUCAUGCAGAUGCAGAACUCAGGGGCUUUCUUACUAGUAUGUAUGAGUUUACCUUAUGGAGGAAGGAAGAGGAGAGACACAGGAAGAAUGUGAGGGAAAUGUAUCACUCUUAGAUUGAAGGACUCUCCUUCACCAGUAUGCUUUUUUAGUAGGGUUUGUGUGAGGUGUAUGGAUGUAAGACUGUUCUGCACAGACCCAGCACCCUUACAGCUCUGCCCAGCUUGCUGUGCAUUUAGACUUGAGAAAUAUUUUUUUGGUUUUGUGGCAGCUGGUGGGGAAGUUGUCUGAGUGACUGGUAUUCUAAAGGUGCUACUGCGUUCCUUACUUUCAGAAAUACUGUAAAUUGGAGAAAUGAGAGUUCUGUAUUUUGAAAAGGAUUUCUAAUUUCUUACCACUGUGGAUCAUACUUACAACUGUGACUGUCUCUCCUUUAAGCUAAAUCUAGGCUGAGAGGUAAAAAGAAGGCAUUUCACAUUAAUGGAAUUAGAGAAAAAUGCCUUUUCAGAGCCUAGAAAGUACAGUUUGUACAAAGUCUCAACACCAAUGACGAGAGGAGAGAUUCUCAGGUACAGACAGAGAAGGAAAAUGUUACUAUAAUUUACUCUGGACCCAGCCAAUACUGCCCCCAAUUUGCCCAACAUAUGCCUUACAAUUACACAUAAAGCUUAUAUCAUACACAUCUUACAGAUUUUCCAUUUGUUGUGAUCACAUAUAUUUCAUGCCAGGUUUUUUUUUUAUUGUUUAUGAAUGCAUGAAGAUGGGAUUUUCAUUUUUUAUGUGCCAAGCAGUCUUGUCCUUAAUUGUAUAUCAAAUCAGUUAAGAGCAUAGUCUUUGUGGCUUCAACUGGAAAAAAGCUUGUCCUCCAUGGCAAAGUAUUUUCAGGCUACAUAAGGGAAAUUGGAGCCAAUCUAAAAGUCAGUGCUUGUGAUGGGAUAUGAGUGUCCACAUAGAACCCUCACACCGAGUCUUUUUACCUGGCCAUAACUUGCUGCAGUAAAAGUGUCUAGACAUAUUUUUUUUGCUGCUCUGCAAAAUAUCACACUCUGCAAGCAAAGGUGGGUAAUUGACAAUGCCAUUUUGCAUUAACAAAUACUUGCCACAACUAGGAAGCAAUGGGGCACUCUAUCUAAAGGGCUAGAAAACAAGACAAACAAAACCUCUUCUUCCUUGAUCAUUUUUAUCUCAGCUGCCAAUAGCUGAGAACUUUCUGUGAUUUACUUUACAAACUUGAAGAUUUAUAACUGGCUUCCAACCAUGAUACUUAACACUAUUUGAGAUCUAUGUUCUCAAGACACAAAGCAGUUUGAAAUCUCUCCAUUAUCUUGCAACUGUCUGCUUUUUCUGAGAGUUUAUGAACUAUAUACAUAUGAAGUUUCAUCCUCAAUUUCUAUAAAAAAGAAAAGUUAGUGAAUGACUUGGGAUAAACAUAGUCAGAUAUAAAUAUACAUUGAAAUGUUUAUGAUUAGUCUUGGGCUUCAGAACACUAUUGUUUUUAAAAUAUUCAGAAAGGGGUCUGGAAAUAAGGAGGGGAAACAGAUUGUAAAUACACCGUAAAUGUGAAAUUCACAAUUUUCUGUUGAGUCCCCUUCAAUUACCCAAAAUUGGGGAAGUGUGCAAUCUGUACAUGUUUCUUUCUCUCAAAUUUGCCUGCAGGAAAAAUUCAGGUUCACAUGGUUUAGAAGUACCUCCACAUUGUAUAAUAACAUCCAAAGAACCAAAAAAGAACAGUUCAGGCUAAAUGACAAAUCCCUUCUUGAAUUGCUUCUAGACUUACUUUUUACUUAAAAACAAAUUUCUAUCAUUUUAAGGAGAAAACAUGUAUAUGUUGAGAUAAUACAAUAACAACUCAGCCAUUCAUAUCUCCAGGAGAAUAAAAACUUGGCUUUUUAAAAAAUGUCUGAUAGUUUUGAAGACUGGAGACUAGAGCAUUUCCACUCCUCCUUUUAAAAUUUUCCUGAUUACAAGUCAGCAAUUCCAGGCUACAAGCCUGGUCUAGUUCUAAUAAAGUCAAAAGAGAAAAUGUUCCCUACUGUUUUUUUUUUCAAAAUGUCCUUUAGUUAAAUGAUGCUUUGGUUUUUAAUGUUGUCAAUAAAAUACCUUAAGCCUCUUAUUACUCUGCUCACAUAAAAACCAAAUUUUAGACUAGUGUAAAUCAGUGCUAAAAAUUAGUUGAACAAUCACUAACAAGCUUUCAAUGUUUUAAGCUAACCAAGUAGGUUUUUCAGAUUGUAUAAUAUAGGAACAUGAGCUAGAAAAUUAGGAAAAUAAAACAAACAAAUGCACGCACGCACACACACACACAAUUGUGCGCACACAUGCAUACACACUCCCUACACAUACAUGCACACACACAAAGCAAACACUACUUGAAUGCAACAUUCAAAUAAUUGAAGGAAAUGUAAAUUGUUGUACUUGAAUUAUUCAGAUAGCGGUCUAUUUUCACCACUUCAUUUUUCUAAUUUGUAACCACAACACAGUUUUCCCAGCCCAGUGGACAGCUCCACAAAGUGAGGGUGAUAAUGGUUCCUGCAGGGAAGGAAGGUCCUCUAUGUCUGCUGAACAGUUUAAACUCAACAGAUUGGAAAGAAUAGUGAAAAUUGAUUGUCAAUAAUGAAAUCCCCCAGACUGAGAAGAUAGCUGCUAUCUUUUCCUCUUUUCUAGUUAUUUGGAGUUUCUUCUUUGCUUUUCCCACUAAUCAGUUAUUCACAAAAGGAUUAAAGUCCCCAAUUUCCAUUAAAAAGUAGAAGUGCUAACUCACAGUGAGACUGAUUUUCAGGAACAAAUGAUAAGUGCUUUCAUUUGGUUAGAAUUUAUUACGAUAGUGGGUUUUUUUUUUUUUUUGUAUUCUGCACUGUUCAUAUUUAUAAGAGGAGGAGUUUGGGGAGGUCAGUUUGUCAACUGAGUGAAAGCCCCCCAAUAUACAGAGCAACAGUUUAGUCACUUUGAUGGGGAGAUCAGACCACCCCAUCCUUAUCUAGCCAUGACAGUCCCAAUCAACCCAUCCACCAUUUAGUUAACAUGCCCCAUUCAUUUAGUCCAUGCACUGGGUAGUGCAGGGUAGCCCUGGAAUCUAUAGAAAAAUUUUAAAAAGAAAAGAAAAAACUGCAUUCUGAAGUAACUUUCAAUGCAAUUACAAGAUAAGUAAUGAUAAAAAAAUUCACAUAAUUUGCUAACUAAAUUUCCAAAUAGUGAGCCUUACAGGAUAAGAUUUUAGAAGAAAUAAACUGUGCUGCAUCACUGUAACCAUCACCAUCACAUCAUCACCACCACCACCGUCAUCACCAUCAACACCUUCGCCGUCAUCACCAUCAUCACCUUCAUCACCAUCACCAUUAUCACCAUCUAUAUCCUUUUUCUUGUUCCAUACUAGUCCUUAGCUAUUGAUCCAAACAAAGUUUCAAUGUUUUUUUCCAAAUCAUAAUGAAAUUAAGACUUAAAUUAAGAAGAAAAUGGAUGUUUCAUUUUAGUUUAAAUAUUGAAUAUGCAGAUCAUAGUUUAAAAUGUUGCUUUCCUAAAACCUUUCCAUAACUUCUCUGUGUCCUUUCAGUUCUAUCUGUCUACCCUUCUUCAAACAAAAUUUGAAAUAAUUCCUUAGGAGAACACUCCACCUACUUUUAUUUAUUGGUUUCUUCUGGGUUUUGUGUCUCAUUUGGAUUUUUUUAUUCUUUUUCAUGAAGAUAACACAUGUAUUGGCUAAGAACUUUUUCCCCUAAAAUGGAUGCCUCUGUGGACACCACAGAUUUUCUCACCCCAAAAGGACAAUCAAUAUACUUCGUAUUAUACAAUUUGGAUCUGGGCUCUGAUUCCCCCUAAUUUAUCAUGAGAUUUUUACUUGGAGAUAGAAAUAGAUAUAGGCAAAAUAUAUUGAUUAAAUUUAUGGUGUUAACUAUUAUAUUAUCUGUUUAGAAUAACUUUAUGAAAACAUUGUAAAAGAUAGUUUCAAUCAUUCUCAACCUUCAAAAUGACUAAUUUUGUGCUAGUGAACAAUGUUUACAUGCAUAUAUUUGUACAACUACAUGACAUGUUUUUCUUUACAAGAAGCUCCUCCACUGAGUGAAAGGGUUAUUUCUCCUGAGUUCAUUUUCUAUGGAAGAUUUUGGAAGAGUAAUAAUUUUCAGGGAUUGGGCCUGGGUUGUCUUGUAAGAAGCAAAGGGCCAUCUUGUGUUUACAUGCAGUGAUGUGUGUAUUUGUGUAUGUAUGUACAGUGGUAAAACUGGAACAACUUAUUAACGUGUGUAUUACUCUACCCAUCACCCCAAAUGUAGUUGAAACAAGUAGAAAGGAGCACAGUUUCCUAGUGGUAGUGUAUUAGCUUACUAAGCAUUUAGUUAAGGAAAAAGGAGUGAGGGAGAGAGAGAGAGAGAGGGAGAGAGAAACUGACCUCUACAUUUUCUGGAAAUGUGGGACCACAUUCUCUCUUUAAAAAAAAAAAAAAUCAAGUUUAAAUACCUGAUCAGAAGUUGAUUCUGAGUUCAAAUGAGCCUGCCUCCUAUUGAGAACAACUGAUCAUAUUUUUACUUGGGUGCACAUCUGAGUGAUUACUUGAUCAUUUGUGCAAGUGGUCAAUAUCAUCUUAUAGGCUAGAAGCAGUACUCAAGAUGUAGGUGGCAAAUAGCCAUCCUCAUGCUUGCUUAGGACACAGCUUUCCAGUACAAUGUGAUGAAACAUCUAUUAGGUCUAGUGUGAACCAAGCAACACAGGAAUUAGCCACAGUGCAUGGACUGUCCUCUCUUUUUGAAGCUUGUGUGUGUAGAAGUAAAACCAUCUUGAACCCUGGAUGAUGCCCCAGGCAGAAAGGAAGGGCAAAAGUGCGGGUCUGCUCUCUGCCUCAAUAGAAUCCUUCCUGCUUGUAAAGCCAUCUCAUUCAGUUGGGAGGAAGGUAGAGGGAUUCCAGAGUCUGAGAGCAUCUUGGAAUCAGCACCGAGCACACAGUACAGAAGAGCUUGGCCCCAAGAAGGGGUCCACCCUGCUCAAGUGUGCACCCACCCCUCUCCAGCAAGUGGACCAAGGACCAGGCCAGGGUCCCCACCCUCACCAAGUGGCCUCCAACAGCCCCUACUUCCCUGUCAUUCCACAAGGGCCUGGAAGACCUGACUCCCAGUCUUUGGACCAUCUCAGGCCCUUACCCACUGUCCCAAGACAGUAUUGAGGUCCCGCUGUCCUCCUCCCCUCUGUCAAGGACGUAACUCCCCGCUAACAGUGCAGCUCAGCUCGUGGUGUCCUAGUGAAACGAGGGCGCACUAGCGCCCGACGUGCCUUGGCGACACGGGCUGCACCGCGGCCCGCUUCGCCCGUCCGGUCCUGCCGCACCCUCUAGGCCCCCUGCCCUGGGCCAGCUGGGCCUGGUGGCUGGGCCGCCCUCUGUAUUUGUAUUUGGAUUCCUACGU